AUGCAGUACCGCUACGUGGCAUUGGCUUCCUUGGCAGCCCUCGCAGUGGCAGCACCAGUUCCAACUGAGGAAAUCGACUGGAACAACCGUCCUGAGGUUCAAGACCUGGCGAAAAGAACGUUCCCAUUCUUCACUUUCUGGAAAGAGUUCCUGCCGUCUUCAAUGCUUACCGCUUUUGAGGACAAAGGUGGAGAUGCUGGCGAACAGGGUGAUGGUGGUGACUCUGAGCUCACCAAACGUGCAGAAGAGGAGCAAGGUGAUCCGUUGAAGGCGAGCGCUGAAGGCCACCAUCCCAAGGGCGUAGGUCACCAUGGCACCGACCAUGAUCCAAACUACUGGUGCUGGGAAGGCGGCAAUCACCAACAGAAGGGCCGCUGCAUUGGUCACCAUCCACCCGGCGUAGGACAUCACAAGGGAAAGGAAAAACCGCCUGGUGAAGCUGAAGUUUCUAAGCGUACAGCUGAAGCGGAGGUUGCGAAAAGUGCCGCUGAAAUGGAAGUUGCAAAAGAUGCAGCCGGGGACCAAGUCGAUCCGAUCCAGGCGAGCGCUGAGGGCCAUCACAGCAAGGGUGUGGGCCAUCAUGGAACCAAUACCGACCCAAGAUACUCGUGCUGGGAAGGUGGGAACCAUGUAAACCCUGGCGGCUGCAUCGGUCACCACCCACCCGGUGUGGGACAUCACAAGGGCAAGGGAGGACACCCUGGCACAGCUUAG